AUGGAGAGGAAAAACCCACCCAGAGAGAGCCCCAGAAGACUCUCGGCCAAACUGGGCAAAGGCACAGAGAUGAAGAAAGUGGCUCGUCAGCACGGCAUGGCAGCUGCUGAGUCAGAUAAGGACUCUGGAUUUUCAGAUGGGAGCUCAGAAUGUCUGAGCUCGGCAGAGCAGAUGGAAUCCGAGGACAUGCUGAGCGCCUUAGGCUGGGGCCGGGAAGACAGGCCAAGGCAGAACUCCAAGACUGCAGGCAGUGCCUUCCCUGCACUGUCCCCGAUGGUUGUCAUGAAGAACGUGCUGGUCAAACAGGGCGGCAGCUCGUCCCAGCUCCAGUCGUGGACCGUCCAGCCCUCCUUCGAAGUGAUCUCGGCUCAGCCACAGCUGCUGUUCCUCCAUCCGCCCGCGCCCGCUCCCGUCAGCCCAUGUCACGCCGGCGAGAAAAAGUCGGACUCCAGGAACUACUUGCCCAUUCUAAAUUCUUACACCAAAAUAGCCCCCCACCCGGGCAAAAGGGGCCUUUCCCUCAGCCCGGAAGAAAGAAGGGAAAACGGGGUGCAGAAGAAAGUCUGCACGGAGAGACUUGGGCCGAGCUUGUCUUCCAGUGAGCCUACCAAGCCUGGUGCCGCGCCCCCCGGGCCCCCCGCGCCGGCACCCCCAGGUGCCAAGCUCGCCGCGGACUCUGCCCCGCAGGGUGUGCCCUCCCUGGUGGCAGGCGGGAGCCCACAGACUCUUCAGCCCGUGUCCAGCAGCCACGUGGCCAAAGCCCCCAGCCUGACCUUUGCCUCCCCCGCCAGCCCCGUCUGCGCGUCAGACAGCACUCUGCAUGGCCUGGAGAGCAGCUCCCCGCUGUCGCCGCUGUCAGCCAGCUACGGCUCGCCUCUGUGGGCCGCGGAGCACCUGUGCCGCAGCCCCGACCUCUUCGCGGAGCAGCGGCGGAGCAAGCACAGGCGCUUCCAGAAUACCCUGGUGGUCCUGCACAAGUCCGGUCUGCUGGAGAUCACUCUGAAAACCAAGGAGUUGAUUCGUCAGAACCAGGCGACUCAGGCAGAGCUAGACCAGCUGAAGGAGCAGACCCAGCUGUUUAUAGAGGCCACCAAGAGCAGGGCUCCUCAGGCCUGGGCCAAGCUGCAGGCAUCGUUAACAUCGGGCUCUAGUCGUGCCGGCAGCGACCCAGAAGCGUUCUCUGACCACCCAGACAUGUAA